ACUACUGCACACUACACACUCAACUGAAGUACACUACUACACACUACACUAUACACUCGACUAUACACUGCGCUACACUCUAAUUGGCACGGUUGGCUACGUACGGCACGAAAGAAGUUCAACACUACACCAAUACCCGCCUUUAGCCACUAAGCGACGGUGAAGUCACCGCGGCGCCGCUUGCGCCAGGCCAGGUGCACAUUGAGGCCGCGCGCGCGCCCGCACGUGCAUUGCAUUGCCCGGCAUUGAGCAGCAGGACAGCAAUGCGCACCUCGCGACCAUCGCUACUGCUGCCGGUGGCGGUGAUCGUGGCGAUGCUCCCGGGGCGAGUGGCGGGCGACUGCUGGACCGUGGAGGAUGAGCGUGGCCUGCUGGCGCAGGCCAUCUGCAGCCAGAACAUCCCGCCCUUCGACUCGGUGCCGCGGGACCUCAACCGCACCGUGUCCGACCUGCGCCUCAACCGCAACAAGAUCGCCGAGGUGGGCCGCGAGUCGCUGGCGCGUUACGCCGAGCUGCGCUACCUGGACCUGUCGCGCAACCACAUCGGGCGCAUCGAGGACUCCGCCUUCUCGGCUCAGUCGCAGCUGCUGGUGCUGCGCCUGGGCAACAACCGGCUGGCGCUCGUCACGGCGCUCACCUUCUCCGGGCUGCCCCGCCUGCGCGAGCUGUACCUGCAGGCGAACGCCAUCAAGAGCGUGGCGCCGCACGCGCUGCGCGGCACCGGAGCGCUCCUGUCGCUCGACCUCGCCGCCAACCGGCUGUCGGCGCUGGAGCCGUCGGCGAUCGACGGGCCCCGGGGCCUCCGCGCGCUCGACCUGCAGGGAAACCCGUUCCACUGCUCGUGCGCGCUGCUGCCGCUCGUCGGCUGGCUGGCCGCGCGCUACCCCACGGAGGAGCCCGGCUCGGCGUGGGAGCGCAUACAGUGCGCCACGCCGCACGAGGCGAGGGGCCGCCCGAUCUUUCGGCGGGGCGGCGGGGUGGCGGCGCGGCUCGCGGAGAGCUGCGUGCCGGGGGAGCGGGGGGAAGGGGUCGGCGGCGCCGGCGGAAGCGCCGGCGGCGGCGGAGGCGCCGGCGCCGGAGGAGGCGCCGGCGCAAACGGCAGCGGCGACUCACGACGGCGCCAAGAGGGCGAAGCCGCCUCGUUCGGCUCGGGCUGGGGACCGGCGGACGCCGGCGGCGGCGGGGGCCCGGCGGGGAACCCCCCGGGCAAAACCUCGGUGGGAGCGCCAGUGGGGACCCCGGCGGGGGCAGCGUCGGCCGGCGAGCGCGCCGAGGAGGGGCCGACGCUCCGGUUAAUGCGCCACGGCCGCAUGUACAUGCUGGUGCGCUACGCAGCGGGCGCAGCAUCGCCCGGGUGGGACGUGUGCGCCCUGCGGUACCAGCGCGAGGACGUGACAGACGAGCGGCUGGCGCCCGCGCGCCGCUACACCUACUGCGUGGUGUCGGUGACGCACGGCGCGCGCCGCACCAACCACACCUGCGUCUCCUUCACCACCGCGGGCGCCGGGGACGACGGCGCCAGCCCCGGCGCCAGCCCCGGCGCCGCCGGCGCCCCCCCGCUGGCGCUGGUCGCGGCCGCCUGCGCCCUCGCCGCACUCCUCGCCGCCGCCUCCUGCUUCUGCUGCUGCCGCUCGAUGGUCCGCGGGCGCAGGAAGCGGCGCCGCGCGGAGAGCCGCGACCUCCGCGGGGUCUCCACGCAGUGGGACCCCGUGCCACGCGACCCCGGGAUACGAGACCCUGGGCUCCGGGACCCCGCGACGAGAAGUCCCGGACCCGGGGACGGGGAAGUGCGAUGCACGGGGCUCGAGGAGCCGGCGCCUGGCGACGGCUUCUCCUCUUCCGUCGGCGCCGGGCGCGAGCGGCCCAAGGCGGUGCCGGGCGAGGGGGGCGGCUCGGCCUCGUACCUGGAGGUGGUGCAGGGCGUGGGCGCGCCGGAGAUCUCCACCAUCGCGCGCGAGGUCGACCGCGUCAACUCCAUCAUCAACAGCUGCAUCGACGCUCUGCGUGCCGACUCGCCCUUCGGCGCCGCCGGCGCCGGAGGCAGAGGCGCGGCGGGGGGGCCGGCCGCGGCGGCGGCGACGGGGCCCCGGCAAGACGACGAUUCCCCCACCCGCGCCCCCCUCCUGGGCCCCGCGGGAGCCGCCGGCGCCGCCCAGCCGCCCCGCGCCACCUGCUCGCACGGGCAGGACCGACCGCCGCCGCUGCCCGUGUGCGAGGCUCUACUGCUGGAUGAGGGCAGCCCCGCGGCCCGUGGCGGCGGCGGCUCUGGCGGCUCUGGCGGCGGGAGGACGGCGCCGGCGGCUCGCCGCUCGCUGGCGUGGCACGCGCGGGGGCUUUGGCGCCGUCUCUCCGGCGGCGGCGGCGGCCGCGGUGGUGCCGCGGCGCCUCGGGGCCCCGCGAUCCCCGCGGGCCGUGCCCUGCAGCACAAGGUGCACCUGGUCCGCCACAACGAACUGGGCGACCUGCUGGACGUCCUCGAGUACUGGAAGGCGGCUGGCGCCACGGACCGCACUCCGAGGGCCCCGGUCGGGAGCUGGAAGUACUGACUGGGGUGAUGUCACGUAGGAGCCCGGGGUGGGGGGGGGGGGUUCGGGGUUAAAGGGGUACAGAGGGGGCAUUGGGGGGCACGGGCGCACGGCACACGACGUAAAGCACAGCAAGGCACCUGCACGCUAGCCCCGUCGCACGAUCGAGUCUCACGGCACAGCGCACGGCGGCGCCACACUGCCCGGGGCACAAGCACGUGGUGGGCACAAUGUCGGAGGGGCUCACGUGGUCAGUGUGUGUGUGUGUGUUGAGUGUACGCAUGUGUGUGUGUUGAGUGUGUGUGUGUGGUGUCUGAUAGUGUGCACAGUGAGUGAGUGG